GAGGCCUUUAAAGCACCUGCCCCGCCCACAGGUGAGCAGUGCUGUGUGAGAGCCAGCUCCGUCUCCCCGCCUGCCCACUCAGUGGCAGUUCCCCGGAGCUGCAGUUCCCUCUGGAGCCUCAGCAGAUCCCUCUUUCAGAACUCACUACCAAGAACCCUGAACAGGAGCCACCAUGCAGUGCUUCAACUUCAUUAAGACCAUGAUGAUCCUCUUCAAUAUGCUCAUCUUUCUGUGUGGUGUGGCCCUGUUGGCAGUGGGCAUCUGGGUGUCAGUCGACGGAACAUCCUUCAUGAAGAUCUUCGGGCCACUAUCAUCCAGUGCCAUGCAGUUUGUCAACGUGGGCUACUUCCUCAUCGCAGCUGGCGCUGUGCUCCUCACUCUUGGUUUCCUGGGCUGCUAUGGUGCUCAGACUGAGAACAAGUGUGCCCUCAUGAUGUUCUUCUUCAUCCUCCUCGUCAUCUUCAUUGCUGAGGUUGCAGCUGCCGUGGUUGCCUUGGUGUACACCACAAUGGCUGAGAACUUCCUGACGUUGAUGGUAGUGCCCACCAUCAAGAAACAGUACGGUUCCCAAAAAGACUUCACCCAAGUGUGGAACUCCACCAUGGAAGGGCUCAAGUGCUGUGGCUUCACCAACUACACAGAUUUUGAGGACUCUCCCUAUGUAAAAGAGAACAACGUCUUUCCCCCAUACUGUUGCUUUGACCGUGACAAUGGCACAUUUGUGGAACCCUGCACUAGUGUCGAGGCCCAGAACCAGAAAGUAGAGGGUUGCUUCAAUCAGCUUCUGUAUGACAUCAGAACCAAUGCAGUUACCGUGGGUGGUGUGGCAGCUGGAAUUGGGGGCUUAGAGCUGGCUGCCAUGAUUGUGUCCAUGUAUCUGUACUGCAAUCUGAAAUAAGUCGGCUUCUGCCUCCGCCACUGCUGCUGCCAUACAGGAACUGGGAAGGGGCACCCCAGCACUGCCAAGAGGCAGUGAUCAGCGUGGAGACAGGAUCUAACAGUGUCACUUGGGCUGGAGUGGGCCUGGGGCCAAAUAGGCAGCACCCCCUUGAACCUGUGCCAGACUUGUCCUUCCAUUGGUGAUGUUGGGGUCCACCUAUUUCAGAGCCUCUAAGGUAGCCAAUCCUCUUGCCCAUUCCUCCAGUCUGUUUCUUAAACCCUUGAUACCCUCUCAGGCCAGGGGGGUGGGGUGCUCUUGGUGAUCCCAGUACUCCACAGGGGGGAUUAAAGGCACUGCACCGAUAACACGAGCAUUUGCAAAAUCAGCAGUC